GUAGCCUUCUUCACAAUACAACAGAAGUAAUACAGCAAUGCUGUCGAAAUACAUUUUAUUUGCUUAUUUAAAACUAUAACGGGACACGUCGAUGCAAUGUCGAGAAUACAGAACACUUUUCCACAAUGAGACUUCAUUGCAAAAUUGUGGUUAUUGCGAUAUGUUUCGGAGUUUUUCUACUUUUGUACUUUUUUGGGGGGAAUGCCACAGACGAGCCACCGAUAAAAGAAGUUGAGAAGGACAAACAUUUUCCACCUUCGUCAGGAAUCGGAAAAAUUGCCUCAGAGAAUGUAGCAAAACAAUCCCGCAAAGAGCCUCAAAAACAAGUCCGUCCAAAUCGAAAAGAACCAAAAAUAACCAACAGAGGAGGCAAUGUCAGCGCAAAGCUUAGGCAAAAGAGCGAGCUGGGGCGGUCAGAUUCGAAGUUUACCCGAGCAGAGGACCCGAUGCACCUCGCUGUGGUCGCCUGCGGUAACCGCCUGGAUGAAACGCUUACAAUGGUGAAGUCAGCGCUGCUCUUCAGCAUCAAGAAGAUCAAGUUUCACAUCUUUGCAGAGCAGGACCUGACUGGACACUUUGAGAAAGGGCUGAGCCAGUGGCCAGCACCGCUGUCCUCCAAGUUCCAGUACACUCUGUACCCCAUCACCUUCUCGGUGGGGAACGCCGAGGAGUGGAAGAGGCUCUUCAAGCCAUGUGCUGCCCAGAGGCUCUUCCUUCCGGUGAUCCUGAAAGAUGUGGACUCGUUGCUGUACGUGGACACGGACGUGCUCUUUCUGCGGCCUAUGGACGACAUCUGGGCAUUCCUGAAGGCUUUCAAUGGCACUCAGUUGGCAGCCAUGGCCCCCGAACACGAGAUCCCCAAAAUCGGCUGGUACAGUCGUUUUGCGAGGCACCCUUUCUACGGGGUCACUGGUGUCAACUCAGGGGUCAUGCUGAUGAACCUCACGCGGAUCCGGAGCACUCUGUUCAAGAACAGCAUGAUAGCCAGUGGUCUGUCCUGGGAGGACUUGCUUCACCCGCUCUACCAGAAAUACAAGAACCACAUCACAUGGGGGGAUCAGGACCUCCUCAACAUUAUUUUCCACUACAACCCAGAAUGCCUGUACAUAUUUCCAUGCCAGUGGAAUUACAGGCCCGAUCACUGCAUGUAUGGCAGCAACUGCAAGGGGGCGGAGGAAGAGGGUGUGUCCAUUCUCCAUGGCAACCGCGGCGUUUACCAUGAUGAUAAGCAACCCGCCUUCAAAGUGGUGUAUGAUGCAAUACAUGAAUAUCCUUUUGGGGAGAACAUGUUCCAGUCCUUGUUCUAUCCUCUCCAGACCAAAUUCUUGGAUACGGUCAACACGUUGUGUGGUAGAAUUCCUCAGGUGUUUCUCAAGCAGAUCGAAAAGACCAUGAAGGCCGUGUUUGAACAAAAAGUAAUCCGCCACAUUGGGCCACCACACAGACAGCACCGCUGAGCUGCUUUAGUAACAGUGUACUAAUGUAAUAAUGACAAGGAGAAGUGCUCAUUCUCUACCAAUGGGUGUCUCUCUGUGUUUUCUAUUUGUUUUUGGAACAUGUGCAAUGCCAAGAACUUUUAGUAUAUGGUCUCCAGAACAUCAUCGUCUGUCUGGAGAGGAUGAGAUGCAGCGCUCCUUGGAUAGACUUGGUUUUAGGCCAUGGUUAUUACUGGAUAACUGGCAGCUUGACUAUGAAGUUGAUCUCCAAUGGAUUGUACUGCUUAGCUGGCCUUGGUGGAUGAGCAAAGAAACGACACUCCACGUGUUUGAAACUGGGUCAGGGCAGGAAUGUUCUCCUAAAUAAUUAUUUUGACCUUGUGGUUGAAUGGUGUUAUUUGAAUUCAGCAGAAUGUUUAUAUUAAGUGGCAUGAACAACAAAUAUAUUUUUUGUGCUACACAAUAGAGAAAGCACCAGUUUGCACACAUUGCAUUUUCAGAGGAACUAUUUGACUGAGGAUAUUAUGAAAAAUUGGGGAUAACUGUUUACCCUAAAUUCAAUUAAGGACAAGAUGACCUGUCAGGAGAGGUGAAUACAAAUUUCUAUUGCACUCAAAUUUGUAUUCUAUUGCACUCAGAUGUGUUGCAUCUAAACAUUGUAGAGUGUUCCUGAGAAAAACAAAUGUUUGUGUUAGAUUUUUUUAUUUUUUUAUUUUUUUGAGCCUUUACAAAAUGGGGUUAAUCUCUCAUACUGGAAGGUUUACCACAUCUUUACCACAUCUGAUCAACCCAGUGCUUUAUAUUCGCGUACUUUCAAGAGUCAAAAUUUGCAACAGCAGUGGCCCUGCUGAACUGGAGACUGACACUCCCGACAUAAAUAUACCUAAUCAAAAUCCCUGGCAACAAACUCACAAUUUGAAUAGCAUGUGUUCACAAGACCACCUUAAGGUACAGAUACCAUGUAUACACCUUUUAUCUUUCUCUUUUUUGACAGUAUUGAACAAAAAUAACCUCUACAAAUGCACAUUUUAAUGUGCACUUCUGUCUGUUCUUCUGUUAAUUUAACAUUUGACCCUGACAAUGUCAUGCCAUCCACAAACCAUAUUCAAAGCCUUUGAUAUCACAGAUAUCAUCAUACAUCAUGGCCUCAGUUUUGCUACAUAUCUUCUGAUUUUUUUUACUUUGAAUUGUAUUUUCAUAUAUAUAUCUCAGAGAUAUAUAUAUAUAUAUAUAUAUAUGAGAGAGAGCAUAUAUAUUGAUAUGGUCUUUUUUUUAAUUUGAUGAACUGUGGAACAAGUGUAAAUAAUUUGAUACAUUGGCACAAUGUGCUUUUUAUUAUGUCUGACUGGUUUCCAGUGUCAUCUCUCUUUAGGUGAAUUUGAACAGUUCAACCUAAAAACAGGUGGUAUAUACAAACUAUGUUAUAAGGGUUGUCUCUGAGACUUGCACAUGGUUUAUAUUCUUGUGUGUGUUUCUGAGAUGAAUAUGUUUAUCUCGCUAUCAUCUUACACAGAGCUGUGUCCAUGCAUGUCAGAAACCUAAUAAAUGAAUACAUAAAAUUAAAGCGUA